AGAGACGCUCUUGACCAGGGUUGACGGCCUUCCGGCUGGUUGACGUUCCUUUGCACUCUGGAGCCUUUGAAGGUGCCUGGAUGGGGCAAGGAUCAUGUCAGGGACGAGGUUCCAAUCGAACCUGCGCCCGGUGGAGGUGACCAGGAUGUUGAACACGACCUCCCACAGAUGGUUCCUCUCCCCGUCUUGUCUUGUCCCAGUGGGAGGAGGGAGGAGGAGACGGAUCAGAGACGGUGCUAGCAGCUGUGGUUCUGUGGACGAAAUCCGUCAAGCAGCAAAGCAAGAGGGAGAGCGUGAGAGGCUCGGAGACCGUCCAGAUUGUUCGUACCGUUGUUCGUCUGCGUCUGGUGUGCGUGCGUUGCCCCCAUCCACACCAAUCCGCACGCCAUCCCAGGGUCCAUGUCCCUCUUUGCAUGGGGGGCCCGUGGACGAGAACAGACGACGCUGAGGUCGCUUCCAGGCUUGGGGCCCCAUCUCCCGCCAACCAUCGAUCGCCAAUCGCUUCCCCUUCUCGCUCGUUCGUGUCGUUCCUUUUCCUCCUCUGUCUCUCUCUGCGUCUUGUCUCUGCUCCCUCCCUCCCUCCUCCCACUCCACCACCACCUCCUGACCGGCGUGCAUUCUCAGCAUCGUCACCUUUCGCUCGUUUCAUAUACCCGCCCGUGGACUUUAGCCUCUUUUUUCAGCCACUGUCUCUCUCUUCGCCUAUCUGGCUGUUGAAGAAACUCUCUCUUACUCCAACACACUGCUCACUCUCUCGAUCUAUCAUAACCUCCAACGCCCACCUCACCACCAUAGGUUUUCAACCUGCUUCCGCUGAUCCAUCUCUUUCGGCGUACAAGAAGCCUCAUACGGGCUCAUCCCAUCGACACCCUUCGGGCUCUGCAUAGGCACCUCGCGGCCAGCCCAUAUUCCUCUUCUUUCCAGGUUGAUCCUCGGCCUCUUUUAUUUCAUCUCUCUCGUGUCAUUCUGUAGAAAGCUGUGCUUGCUUCUUGUUAGCCUCUUACCAUUUCACAAUCCUUCGACUCCACUAGUACAAUCUGGUUGCUUGUUUCCUUUGGUCCACGACUCUCGCAUUAUACCCUCCCGACGCGACGACGACGACUCGAAUAGUAUCACUCAAUUCGCCAAAGAAAACUCACAACCCGGUCCCCGACGAACACGGAACCCCCUAUCUCUCUCACCACCAAACUCGUUAUCAAAGCGUAUCAAUCUGUUAUAGUAGGGAAAGGGACGGCAUCAAUCGCUGGGAGUACAGGAGAAAGAAGCACAAAGAGGCUCAAAAAGUAUAGACUUUGGAUAUACCCACCAUCACACGGCUUUGGGAAACAUUUUCGAUUCCCGACAGAACGACGAACAACGAAUUUUCUACCACAACUUUGUUUUUACAACACAACAAAAUGACGCGAACCGCACCCAACUGGGGCCCGAAGCGCCUUUUGGCCUUGGCCACCGCAUUUGCUUCUAGCACCCUCGCCGAUUCCAUCCUCAAGACAAGCAGCUUCACGACUUGCGGCAACGAUACCGCGAUUUCCGUCCAGAAGAUUGAUAUUCAGUACAACAACGACAACAAGACCGUCACCUUCGAUGUAGCAGGAACGAGCUCCAAGGUUCAGAACGUCACAGCCAUCUUGGAUGUCAGCGCCUACGGCACUGCCAUCUACUCCAACACAUUCAACCCAUGCGAAGCAGGAACCUUUGUCGAGCAGCUCUGCCCUGUUCCCGCCGGCAGCUUCUCUGCUCGUGGCACUCAGAAGAUUCCUGAUGAGUAUGCCAGCAUGGUCCCGGAUAUCGCCUUCGCAGUCCCCGAUAUCGCCGCUCAGGCCAAGCUUCAGCUCAAGACCCUCGACACCAACGAAGAGGUCGCCUGCAUCACGUCCCAGGUCACUAACGGUAAGACCGCCAGCGUCGCUGCCGUCUCUUACAUUGCCGCCGGAGUUGCUGGUCUCGCUCUUGUCGCCACCGGUGUGUCUGCAGUCAGCUCUGCUUUCGCUGGAGGCAGUGCCGCCCUUAGUGGCAGCGGCACUGGAGGUGCUGGUACCAUCAGCCCUAGUUUCACCGAGGUUUUCGGAUGGUUCCAGGGCAUGGCCAUGAACGGCAUGCUUUCCGUCAGCUACCCUCCCGUCUACAGCAGCUUCGUCAAGAACUUUGGUUUCUCUUGCGGCAUCAUUCCCUGGACCGACAUGCAGGUCGCCAUCGACAACUUCCGCGGUGCGACCGGCGGUGAUUUGAGCAAGGACAGCGUUGAGAUCCUCAAGAACAGCACUCUCAUUCUCGCCGACGGCUCCACCGUCGACGGUGGCAGCGCCCUCUUCAAGACCAAGCGUGCCGUCGAGACAUUCCAAGCCCUCGUCCUCAGAGAGAUUGAGACCAGCGUCAACGGAACCACCAGCGGCGACUCUGACGACCCGGUCACCACUAUCAAGCAGAAGGUCCAGGGUAUCACUGCCUUUGUCAACACUCUCAGUGUCCCCAAGUCCAACACCUUCAUGACCGUUCUCCUCAUCGUCGCCAUCGUCAUUGCCGCCAUCAUUGUCGGAAUUCUCCUGGUCAAGGUCAUUCUCGAGUUCUGGGCUCUUUUCGGUAACUUCCCCAAGGGUCUUGCCGGAUUCCGUGAGCACUACUGGGGAUCCAUCGCCCGUGCCAUCACCUCGCUCAUCAUGCUGCUCUAUGGUAUCUGGGUCUUGUACUGCAUUUUCCAGUUUACCAAUGGUGAUUCAUGGGCUGCCAAGGUUCUUGCCGGUGUCAGUCUGGGUAUCUUUACUGGCAUUCUCGCCUUCUUCUCCUACAAGAUUUGGAGCACUGCUCGCAAGCUGAAGCAGGCCGAGGGCGAUGUGAGCGGUCUCUACGAUGACAAGAACAACUGGAUGAAGUACAGCCUCUUCUACGAGUCCUACAAGAAGGACUACUGGUGGAUCUUUGUCCCCGUCAUCGUCUACCUGUUCGCCAAGGGUUGCAUCCUUGCCGCUGGCGAUGGCCACGGCAUGGCCCAGACCUCUGCCCAGCUCGUCGUUGAGGGUCUCAUGCUUUGCCUUUUGCUGUGGAGCCGUCCCUUUGAGCGCAAGUCGGGCAACGUCAUCAACAUCACCAUCCAGGUCGUCCGCGUCCUCUCUGUUGCCUGCAUCCUCGUCUUUGUCGAGGAGUUUGGCAUCGCGCAGACCACCCAGACCGUCACUGGCGUUGUCUUGAUUGCCGUCCAGUCCGCUUUGACCGGUGUGCUCGCUCUUCUGAUCAUGUGGAACGCAAUCAACGCCUGCUGCAAGGAGAACCCCCACCGCAAGCGCAGAAAGGAGAUGGAGAAGAUGCAGCGCGACAUGGACACCCUCACUCCUCUGGACGCCCGCAACUCCCUCCUCAUGGACCGCAAGGAUCCCGAGGCCGGUACUACCUUCUCCAUGUCGAGCGUCCCCGAGAAGAAGGACCAGCGCUCGGAGUCUCCCGACCACUACAUGGGCGCAGCGGGCAACGCUCCCUACCGCCCUCUGGCGCCAAGCACGCCUUACGGCAACGCCCACCACGACCAAAGCCGCGAGAACCUCGUCCUCGGCGCGGCACCCAUUGCCGACAGGGCGCCAACACUGCCCAACGUGGGCGGCGACUUCAACCACAACCCCCACGGCGGCUAUGGUGGUGGCGGUUACCGGGGUGUGUAUCACUGAAAGAAAAGCUGAAAGAAUCGGGAGGGAGACGCUUUGACUGGUGUGUGUACCUGUUGGAAUGACAAUGAACAUAGAAGUGUGGAAUGUAUGACAUAUGGAUCUCUCUUAGCUGUUCACAGAGAUUCCAGAAAGGAAGCCACUUAUAUCCUAUUUACUUUUUCCUUUCCUUAUUUCUUAUUUUAUAUUUUCAAAAAACUUAUUUCCUUGGGUCUGCUCAUCCUUUGUCCGUCUCUCUCAUUUUCUCUCUCAAAGAUAUCUACGGAUAUACACAAUAACGUUUUACACCCUCUGCAAACACCAAUGGUUAUGAUAUCGACGGCUGCCUCUCUGAGUUUCUCGUUUCUUUUUGCCUUUUGUCGUAAAGGGGAAGAGGGAGAGGGAGAAGAGGAACCCUUUUAUGCAGUCGUUAUCAACAACAUGCACAACCAAGCAGGCUCAAUGUCCCCUGUGGGGAUAUACACGUUUUAUGACCGCAAGGUAAUCUUCUUCUUUGGGUUCAAAGGGCGGAGGGUUUGCAUAGCGGAGGAAAGGGCCUCGGAUAAGUAUAUACCUACAAAUGGAACGCAAA